AUGGAGGAGGAGAGGGUCCUGGAGGUGCGGUGCGCGGGGUGCGGAGAUACGCUGGAGGUGGAGCGCGGCCUGACGGAGUUCGCCUGCCCCAGCUGUGCCACGCCGCAGGCACUCCCGCCGGAGCUCAUGCCUCCGCCACCGCCGCGCCCGCGGCGCGCUCUACCUCUCGGCCUCUCGCCGCGCCCGCCGCGCGGGUCCCGUGCGGUGGAUGCGGCGCCGUGCUGGCCGUGCCCACUCUGCGGCGCCGAGAUUGACAUCGACGGCCGCGAGCGCUUUGCUGCCUACAGCGGUGUUCAGGUCAUUUCGCCGCCGGGAACUGUCGUGCUCGCUGCCACGUCCUCACGGCUGCCGGAGGAAGAGACCAUAAGCCGGGCAAUUCGUGUAGGACAAGUGCAAGUAGGAAGCCACAAUAUUCAUAGAGGGGAGUCACCCAUUAGGUUAGUCAAUGAAACUGUUGAAGGGGGUGAUUUUAGGAAGAAAUCUAGGCCAUCAACUGUUCCUAGAUCUGUUUGUGUAUACAAUGUAACAGUGGAACUGGAACAUUCUAGAGAGGAGGCGCACGGAGAGAAUGGAAGUGGAUCCAUUAGAAGAAUUGGAAUCCAAAAGUCUACAUAUGCCAUUUCUGGUAUUGCGGAGCAGGAUACAGUAGAGCCCCCAAUUCAAUCUGCUUGUGCUGAACCGGUGGAAGUCCAGUCGUGUGGUAACACUACUGGAUGGAAUCUGAAGAGGAGAAAGAGCAGUGAAACUACUGCCAAGAAUCAAAAUGGGAAAAAAGGGGAUUUGAGUUCUUCAAGAGAACAUCUUUCACACAGUAAGCUUGUGCAGCCUCAAGGUAAGAGAGACAGGGAUCCUAUCCAGCAGAUAGCUUCUUCUCCAGAUGAAAAUCAAUUUGAUCCUUCAGAUAUUGACAGAAUCAUCACCAGGCUGUGCCCCAGUGCCUUGCCUGAGAAGCAGGUAUCGCAGGCAAGCUCAGAUGACUUGAACAUUGAUGCAACCUUGCCACCUGUCUCCACCAAUCAUUGUAUAUCUCAAAGUGACUGCUUCCCAGACAGACAGCACCAAGCCGUGGCUACAUGUUCUCUUGCUAACCAGGGCUUUGGUUCAGUACAAGCGCAUGAAAUGCCUCAGGAAUGUUUAAAUGGCAUAGUUCCUUCUGAUAAAAGUAGCAAACAGAAGCAGAAUCCACCGGCUGAUAUUCUGCACAGGCAAUAUGUACAAGAAUACCCCAGCCAUGACAGUCAGUCAGAGGAGGCGCAAGUUGGGUUUAACCACAACAAAUAUUCGGGCCAUUACAGGAAUACAGCAAAGGGGUCUAGGAAUUUGUUAACUGAGGGGGAUUAUUUUGCGAAACAACACCAUACUAGUACCAACCAGAGAGUGGAUGCUACUACUUCUACACCUCUGCCGACUGCCACUCCCUUGCCUGUUGCAACUCCACCUUCUGUUGUCUCAAGACCACCAGUUCAGCGAUCACCACCUCAUUACAAAUCAUUAGAAGCUCACCAUUCCCAGGGUAAACAAUCUGUUGGCAUAGGAUCUAUAAACAGACCACCCAAAAAGCGUGGGGGACGGGGCCCAACAAAACUCAUCGAACCACGUAGGGAAGCAUACAGGCCUGUGCUAACUCCAAAUAACAUUGACGGCACCUGGGAUGUAGAACCUCCUUGUUCCAAGGUGGCCUACACCAUCUCUACGCUUCUCAAGCAGUGGCACCCAGGAUCAACCUACAUGCCAGCUAAUCAACUCGCAAAUGAAGUGCACCACGAAGAAUUGAUUCUCCAUUGGCACCAGUAUCAUUCAGAUACAAGGGCUAUUAUUUUGGAUGAAUUCCUUCAACGCUACAAGUGGGGCCCUGGACAAGAAGCAGAGUGUCUGAAGUUAUUUGAACACAAAGUAGUCAGACAAUUCAAUUCAAUCCUGUGUGAUGAGAAGCGAAGGGCUAGGGUGAAAUUGGUUGCAUCAAGGAAAUCUAAGGAAGCGUUGGAUGCUGCCAGGUCCAAAAAGACAAAUUUGGCUGGGAAAGAGUUGAAGCAGCAGCACAGAAUUCCAGCUUCAGCUGGGAGUGAGGAUGAUGACCCGUUGCAGUGGAAGCCUUUCCCCCCUGAAUGGAUGCAACCAAAGUGGUGGGAAAUGCUAUGUGAGCACUGGGCUUCAGAAGAAGCACUGCAAGUCUCGGCCCAGAAGAGGAAAAACAGAUACACAGGAGGUUCUGCCCAGCACACGGCAGGCUCGCGGAGCAUAGCCAUGCAUCGAAAACUUAUGAUAAUAGAAAAUGGUGGGAAGCCAGUAUCAGAUAUCGAAGUAUUCAAUAAGACCCACAAACACAAUGGUGGUAAGGGAGAAUUUGUCACUGAGAAAGCUAAGAAAACCGUGGAGCGCUUCAAACGUCAUUUGGAGGCAGGUGAUACUGAAGUAGAUCUCAAUCUUGUAUGGGCACAGCAGGCGGCAGGGGGGCGGAAACAAGGGAGGUACUAUAGAGUCCAGGGCAUCAUUGACAAAGCCCGAAUCGGUGCCAUGGCAAAAUCCACCCCAGGUUGUGUAGAUGAAGUAACAAAGAAAGAGAUGUUCACACAGGACCAGGUGCAGGAGAUGAUUAGUCAGGCAACGCAGCAAUUAAAUGAAGCUUGGGAGAAGAGAUUUCAGUCCUUGGAGCAAAGGAUGCAAGGCAGGGUGUCCUCGGAAGCUCCUCAGCAUAAUCCAUUGCCUUGUGGUGCCCAACCAGUGGCUGAGGACCAGGCAUCACACCAGGUGGCCUUCCUUCAUGAGGAGCUCUGCAGCAUGGGUGCUCUUCUUGAGGAUCUUGCAGACAUGGAGGGUCUGGACAACCAAACCAAGCAGUGGAGAAACAAAACGCUAAGGGCACGGCACCAGCUAGCCAAUCGAAUCCAGGAGCUGAAGGCUCGCGUGCAAGAAGCUAGUGCACGGCGCAUGAGGUACAAACGAGACGACUACCCAUCAAGAUCUAGCAGUGUUGUUGUCAACCCUCAUGUGAGGUACAAACUAGAUGACUGCGCAUCUGGAUCUAGCAAUGUUGAUGUCGACCCUCGGAUGACUGCUCUUUAUGCGCAAUCGUCGAGACUUGUUGGUGGUAUUGAUGGCCCGAAGGAAGACAUAAUUAAUUUAUUGACAAAGCAGGUGGAUGAUUCCUCGGUGCAAGAGCCAAGGGUGGUGUCUAUUGUUGGGUUUGGAGGUCUAGGAAAGACUACAUUUGCAAAUGAAGUGUACGCCAAGCUUGGAGAUGAUUUUGAUUGUAAGGCCUUUGUAUCAGUGUCUCAAAGACCUGACAUGAUGAUGCUUCUCAAAAGUUUGGCCGCACAAAUGUUGGGGCCACUGGUUGAUACUUCCGACAUUAAUGGGCUCAUAAACAAACUUAGAAUGUAUCUACAAGACAAAAGGUAUUUUGUUGUAGUUGAUGAUUUAUGUGAUGCAUCUGCUUGGGAAAUUGUUAAAUGUGCUUUCCCUGAGGGCCACUAUGGUAGCAAAGUGUUGACAACUACGCGAAUUGAAAGGGUGGCUGUGGCAUGUUGCAAUUUUCAGUGGGACUUUGUUUACAUGACGAAACCUCUUGAUGAUCAUAAUUCCAGGGAGUUGUUUCAUCGUAGAGUUUUUGGGUCGGGAAAUGCAUGUCCUCAGUCAUUUGAAGAACCAUCUGAGAAAAUUCUACAAAAAUGUGGUGGUCUGCCACUAGCAAUCAUCAGUAUAGCUAGCCUUUUAGCUAGUCAAUCCAAUAGGUCACUAUGCCAAUGGAACUAUGUCCUCAAUUCUCUACGCUCCAAUCUGUCAACUCCAUCCUUAGAAGGGAUGAGACAGAUACUAAACCUUAGCUACACACAUCUUCCUCAUCAUCUCAAGACAUGUUUAUUAUAUAUUGGUAUGUAUCCAGAGGACCAUGACAUUGAAGUGAACCACUUAGUUAUGCAAUGGGUCGCUGAAGGUUUUGUUAGUGGAUUAGAUGGGAGAGAUGCAUUGGCAACUGCACAGAGCUAUUUCAAUGAGCUUGUGAACAGUAGCAUGAUCAUCCAGCUUGUUAAACUUAAUGGUUGGAACAAUGAGCUUAUAUAUUACAAAGUGCAUGAUAUGGUUCUAGAUCUAAUUUUGUCCAAGUCUACAGAAGAGAAUUUUUUGGGUGUAGUACAAAACCUACAUACAAUCACCACAAGACAACAGUACAAUGCUCGGCGGCUCUCCCUGCAGCUUAAUGAGUCAGGACUUGAUAAAAUUGCAUCUCAAAGUCAAAUGAGUCUGCAACAUGUGAGAUCAUUGUUUAUUUUUGGGCUCUCUCUCCGUAGCCUUGAACCGUUGAAGCUGAAGUUUCUCCAAGUUCUAUUUGUUUGUAAGGUUGGCGAUUUGGAUCUCACUCCAAUCGGGAAUUUGUUUCAACUGAGGUAUUUAUAUGUUAAAAGUAAUAACCAUCUAUCAAGCAUUGAGCUGCCUAGAAAAAUUUGCCAGCUGCAUCAUCUGGAGACAUUGAUGAUAUGUGGGCAAUUGUCCCAUUUUCCACAUGACAUAGUCCAUUUGCCUACUUUGUCAUAUCUGGAGGUUUAUCCAUGCACAGCUUAUCCUGAUGGAAUCAGCAAUAUGAAAUCUCUGCAUACUCUGGAUUCCUUCGAUCCAUGCAAGCAGUCGGUGGAUAAUUUGAGGGCUCUUGGGGAAUUGCUAAAUCUAAGGGAGCUGAACAUGUAUAUCACUGAUCGGAGCUUCUACACAAUGGAAGCACACAUGGGAGCUCUGCUUUAUUCCAUCGAGAAGUUAAUCAGUUGCAAUUUGAGGCGUUUAACUGCUUUUGCAUAUGAUGACAUGAUAGGUCACUGUGAUGGGUGGAACUCUUUACGCUUGUCUGGCUGUCAUCUUGAGGAACUGCACUUACGAUUCCGGUUUCCGCGGCUACCUGCGUGGGUUGGUCAGCUUAGCACGCUCAUGAUCUUGGAAAUACACCUUGACGAGCUGGAUAUGGAUGGCAUUGCUGUUCUUGCAGGUUUACCUGCACUCGCCCGUCUUGUGCUGAAGGCGAACCAUGUCCCUGCUGGAGGUAUUGUCUUCAGCAGGGGCACGGUGUUCAGGGCUCUUACUUACUUUGCAGCACCUCAAGCUGGCCUCCCCUUCCACUUUCAGGCUGGAGCAAUGCCCAUGUUCAAGAUCCUUUGCUUUCGAUUGCAUGUGCGAGAACUGAACUAUGUCGCCACACUUCGUGGUGGUGGCGGAACAGAAGCCAUUGAACUGAAUCAAGCAUUGCUGUUGUUGAGAAAAGGCCGGCCGUAUGCUUGGCUAGCUUCGCAUGUUCAGGGCAUCGAGCACCUGCCAAAUCUGAAAAAAGGUUUUCAUCUGUCUGGGUUACUCUAG